AUGGUACAAGUGAUAUCCGACGACUAUUCACUGAGUGAUGUUGUCAGAGCUAACCGAUCCAAUUUGAUUGUAAUCGACUUCUAUGCCGAUUGGUGUGGACCAUGUCGUAUGAUAGCACCUGUAUUUGAACGACUUUCUCACAAAUAUAGCAACGGAGUUACCUUUGUAAAAGUGAACGUUGACUUAUGUAGAGAAACUUCUGUAAGUUUUGGCAUUGAAGCAAUGCCAACAUUUGUAUUUCUUCUUAAUGGUCGAGAAGUAAGUCGUAUUAGAGGAGCUGAUCCUGAAGCUCUGGAGCAAACUAUUUUGCAGUACUUAGACGCAGCACCAUCACGGACAAGAUCAGCAGCCGCAGCUACUGAUGACGAAAGAAUUUUUUUAGAAAAAUUUGCUGGUUACUCGAAAUUGAUGGUUAUGUACGAGGAUGAUAUUUCGAGAACACUGGCUUUAAGUCUGAUUCCUACCACCCAAUUACACGAAAAGAGUAAACAAAACGGUGAAGUAGAUAGGUAUAAGCUGCUUGAGAAUUUAAUUAGAUGGUUUAAGACGGACUUCUUUUUGUGGGUCGACGUACCAGCUUGUGAAAAAUGUAAAGCUUUGCCACCAAAGGGCUCAGGCGUUCAUGGAGUCAUUUUGCCAGAAGAACGAAGAUUCGGUGCUUUUGACGUUGAAAUUUAUAACUGCAGACAGUGUUCGUCGACAUUUCGAUUUCCGCGGUACAGUAACCCAGCUAAGCUAUUAGAAACAAGGUCUGAAGAUAAAAAAUGCUGGUGGGUUUACAGUGUAACCGAUUAUAUGUGGUGUGAAGUUUGGAUCAAUAGCCUUGAUCGAUGGAUUCAUUGCGACCCAUACGAAGCUCUUUGCGAUUCACCUUCUUCUUUUGAAAGAGUGAGCUUAGCUAAGCUGCAUCAAGAACCGACCUAUAUCAUUGCCUUCAAUAUUGAUCAUGUACAAGACGUAACCUGGAGAUAUGCUUCUGAUUAUAAGAAGAAGUUGAAUGCUCGUUAUGAACAGUCUUUGUCUGAAGAACGGAAGACGGAGUUGCAGCGUCGAAACAUAAAGGAAUUAGUUGAAUUCCUCUCUCCUCAGGUGCAAAUUGGCGCUGAAAGAACAGGAGGACAAGAAAUUAGUUUGUGCGUCGCUGGAGGAUCGACUGGACCUGCAAAAGAAGUUGGAAAAGAUAGCGCUUCAGUGCUGCAAACGCCUUUUGUUGUUACUCCUAAAGAAUCGAAGAUCAAUAAGAUUUUUUGUUUUAACUACAAUUGUGCAACGGAUGAAUAUAAGUGGGAGGAAGAGACGAUACAUGGUUGGAUGAGUUGUGUGUACAGUCAUAAGGAUGUAAUUCGUAAAGAAGAAUCUGAUCUGAAAGUCGUUUAUUUGUGUCGUAAAGAAGGGGCAUCGUCAGGGGAAAUAAAAUGGUCUUUUAAUUUCGACAGCAACCGGAUCGAGAGUUUGGAGAUUUCUCUUCGGGGAAUGACGGAAUUCCAUAACGGAAAAGUGUCCGCAGUGGUGUGUUCUGAUGACUGUUGUACACUUGUCCCAAGCGAUGGUAAUCUUGAGUUACGGGAGUUGAAUGGCAGUAAAGUGGAUUUAAAGAUUACUUUUGCUGGCGGAGAAGGGGAUGAAGCGUGGAAAGACGCCCAGUUAUUCAGGAGUGAAAUAACUUCGUUGGAACCAGAUUUGGUAAUAAAGGCCUGUUUUGUCUGA